AUGUCAAUGAGGCCUCCGGUACUGCAUCUCCCUCGUCAGUUGAUUAUGUCUCCUGGAGCACAGUAUCAAUUGCAGCCCCGGAGCAGCAUUCUUGCCAGCAGUCAGGUCCAAUAUCGCCUCGGUGGCCUCGUCACUUGGCACGGUGUACAGACACGAUCUGUAUCCAAAGAACUCGUCCGCCCAGUCACCGUUACAUCUACUGGUUUAAUCCACUCCCUUCCUUCAUCUGAUUCAAGCGCAACCGAGCGUCGAUACUCAAUCGAGAUUUUAUCCUCACCUACUGAGUAUGCAGUCGAUAUCAACAGUUCCUCGAUGAUGCAGUCUUCCGUGAUUCAGCUCUUAUCUAUAGAAGUGAUAGUCAAACGUCCACGAUUUCUUCUAGUGACUCCUUUUUCAGAUGACUACAUUCGAGCAUCCGGAUUGCCUGUUGGUGGACCCUAUCUCAUGGGUGUCAGUUAUCAUGAUGAACUUGGGAGGCCAUUCGAUGCAGUGGCUGAUGAUUAUCUACGUCUGAAGUUCCACCUCCAUCGAACGGAUUUUGUUGAAGUUCAACCGAUCUAUACUUUCGGCUCAAGUGAUCUGAUACAUUCCAAUCUCGGGCGGCAGCAUCAUAGCUCACUUUUGUAUUUCAUGGUUCUCCCUCUCACUUCUCGCUUUGGGUCUUCCAGUGGUAUCCGGCCCCAUGCGUUGCUGCGUCUGCUUCCUCUGGAACACCCUACUGAUUUUGCACCAACCUAUCUGAGUGUCAUUCACGGAGGUGAGCUGGACAUUUUGCCGUCAUCUCUUCUCACGGUGGCGCAGUGGAUACGUCUUCCGAGUUCCGAGGGCGUUUGGUCGAGCAGCAAUCCCGAUGUACUCUGGGUGGAUAACAAUGAGCGCCUUGCACUGGCUCGGCAUGAUGGACCAGUCCAUUUGACAUACUCAUUGGGUGGGGGCAUCGUGGCAAACGAAAGCAACGACGUAUCCGACAUUAAUAGUCGGCCAACCUACACGCUAAGUAUGACAAUUAUCCCUUUGACUCCCAUCUGCUCUGAUGGCAGAUCUACUGAGCUGGUUUAUGUUACUUUGGAUGAGAAAGGUGCAAGCACUGCGGUGCAUGGGUCUAUCAUACUACCUGUCGUGUCUUCGGUCUCCGGGGAUUGUUCAACGCCUACCACUCUGCAGUUUAAUGUGAAGUUUUGUGCGCCCCACAGGUUCGCACCGGAUGUUAAUCGCAAUAGUGACCAGUUCUCAACCCUGUCGGAACGUGCGAAACAGAUCCUCUCUUCCGCGGCCCCUCUUCAAUGUGCGAUUCGCUUAAUCACUACGAGCCCACAACAGAAUUUGCCACGCACUCUCGUAUCGUCCCAAAUUGGUUAAGUGUACUGUUGCUUUGGAACCAAACUGCUUCACUGGAAUCUGAAGAGCGCGCCACG